UCUACUGAAUACGCGGUUUCAUACUUCAAGACAGAAUCCAUAUCGUUGGAAAUUCAACCACAGCUCUCGGCUUAAAGGGGUUAAGAUUUCGGAAUCGUAAUAUUCAGUUGCGAACGUGAGAAAUGUAAAUCAUAGACUUCGGCUUUAAGGUGUUUAGAUUCGUCAAGCCUCCAGUUUCAAAGUUUAGAUCUGUAAGGUUUUGUGAUCUAUCCCAGCAAGGUGACCUCAAAAGUGCUAAGUCACUAGAGAACAUAGGUAUGCCUUUCCAGAAGAUUGAAAGGAGUUAUUAUAGCACUCCAUUUGGGUGGCGCCUGGCUACUUUUGAUGAAACCAGAAAUGGGCUAGAGAAGAUUAAGGAGAAAAACCUUCUAAACAAAUGCGAUAGAGUGCGUCUCUUGGACGGAUGGAUAACUGGUCCAGGAUAUAACUUUAAAAUGGGAAAUGACUUCAAAGGAUGUCUGGGCUAUAUUCUUCUCAUACGAACUGAAGCUUCUGGUUGUGCAUACGCCGAUGUUAAUAUCUGCGACACACAAAAGGAAGCGGCAUUGUUCCUGUGUGCCGAUGACUGGAAUUAUGAAGUUAUUUAUUGGCUGUUAAACUCGUGGACGAAGACGGAUACUAUGGACUUACAAGAUGUGAGGCAAGGGAGAAUUCCAUUCAUUGAUCCUACCAAAUUUAAACAGAUGAAUAAGGUGGUUUGUUCACUAGCCAGAAAGCUUGGCGAUAAUGUACCUGUGAGUGAAAAAGCGGCUAAGAGAACUUAUUUGGGGUCACAUUCAGGGAAAGAGGUGCUAUCCAAUUUGAUCAAAAUUGUAAAUGAAGAAGACCUACAGCAAUACGAUAGAUCUGGCUUUAAGACUACAGCUGAAGUUGAGGAGUCUUGCUUCCCAAGGUCCCUGGAGCCCUACUGGCUUGAACAUUUAGCUAGGCAGGGAGGUAUGGACUGGAAUAAUAUUGCAGACGUGUUCUUGAACUUUUUGUCUGAAUCUUUUGCAGGGUCGAUGGUAGAAUUUUGUGGGAACCGCAUUCUUGCACAGAUAUGUAAGGUAAAUGACGAGAGUGAUGGGCGAACGAUAACCUCAAGCCAAGGGAAUUUUAUCGUUGCCUCACUCAUUCUCUUUUAUGCUUCCUCCUAUCUCACUGACAUCAUGCAUGCACCGCUGGCACAUGAUUGCUGGGGCAGUUGCGCUGGCAAGAUGCUAUUCUACGUGGCAUCUAACAGCGGGUCAGAUGAUCUUCCACGCUUUAACCGGAUGCUAGAAAACAACGCAAUGUGGAGGUGGUACGAUCAGGUUGGAAAUUACGAUCUUCUCAACAAGCUUUUGGUCAUCGCAGCCAGUGGCAAUGUUUCUCGUCGUCUAAAAACGGACGAAAAGAAUGAUAUUCUUGUAGUAAACAUGUUACUACAAUGCGGAGCUCAGCCUGGAUCAGGCUAUGCAACUUUAGGCUGCGAAAAGGUGACAACACUGGAAUCCGCUAUAACUUUUAGAGAUGAUGAGGAUAUUGCAAAGGAGGUCGCAAAAUCUUUGCUUCAUAAGUGCCAUAGGGAACAACAACAGCAGUUAGCAAACGUUCCAAAUAAAGAUGGACUGACCCCUCUUCAGUUUGCUUCUUGGCGGGGUCAUGCUCUCAAGUGUCAAAUGCUUCUUGAUCAUGGAGCUAGACCAGAUUUUCUAGCCAAAGACAACAAGACAGCUAUUCACUUUGCUUCCUUGCUGGGUCACGCCGGUGUUUGUCAAAUACUUCUCGAUAACGGAGCGAAACCAGACGUUCAAGACACAGACGGCAAGACAGUCCUUCAUAUUGCAGUGGAAGAGAAGCAAAAUGCAGUUGUAAAUGUGCUUAUUAAACAUCCAGAUAUCACUGAAGUUGUCGAUUUAAAAGACAAAAGAGGACACAGCCCUUUAGAUGCAGCAGUUGCCGACACAGAUAUGAAAUUAGUAGCAACUUUGUUAUCUAAGUUGAGACAGCCAGAAGCCUAUUUCAAUAAAGUGGAUCUAAAUGAGCUUCUACGUUACUCCUUACUCAAUGGUUGUGUAUAUAUUGUUACAAAGUUGUUUCAGAAGGGAACAAAGUUGUCAGUUGAUGAAUGUGAUGACGAAGGAAAAACAUUUGUGCAUUUGGCUGCUAUGGGUGAUGAUGAUAGUAAGGCAGUCGACUUGGUCAGCAUUUUAUUGGAAAAUAUUGAAGAAAAGGAAAAGUUGGUAUGCAAUUGCGACAGAAUAGGGAGGACUGCUCUCCAUGAGGCGGCUUUGAAGGGAAAUGAGAAGCUCUGCAGAUAUCUUUUGGAUAUAAAUCCAAAAGUAAUAGAUCUUAAAGACAGGGACGGCCGAAACCCUUUAUAUGAUGCAGUUCAUGGAAAACAGAAUGAGGAAGCUGUUUUAAGGAUGUUGCUCGUCGAAUAUUCCAGAAAAGAUAUAGGUCUCGAUGACCUGAGAGACCGCAACGGCCUGACACCAUUACACGUUGCUGCUUCAUUGGGAAAAAAGCACCUGGUGAAAGUGCUCCUUUCUCGAAGCCGUAACGAUAGUAACCAAUAUUUCAGGGGAAGAGACUUCCUUGCACAAAAAGCCUCGGCAUUUUUGAAGAGAGGAGAUUUCCGUGGGCAAACAGCCCUUCAUAAGGCCGCAAUCUGUGGAGACGUAGAAACUAUCGGGAUUCUCUUGGAAGAAGGUGCCCACCCGCUCAAUAAGCGGGAUUGUGACGGCAGAACUGCACUUCAUUACGCUUUUCAAGCCAAAACUGGAGGAGACAAAAGGACGUUGGCUGAUUUCCUUUUAGCAAGCUGUAAUUCCUAUGAAGAGAAAUCGCUCCUAUUAUGGGCCUCCCCAGCAGGCUUAGGCACUGCUGACGAGAAUCUAAGCAAAGAUGAUCCCAUUCGCAAGUUUCUUGUAGAUAAAAAGAGAGAGAUUACUGAGAAAAUGAAUACACACAAUUUGUUGAAGACGGCUUCUUCUCUGGGAGAUACAGAAAUGAGCAAAGAACUCGUCUCCCUAGGUUACCAAAUCGAAGACAUUUACGAUGAAGAAUGGUUGGAAAGGUUGGAGCCCACAAGAAGAGAAAAUGUAGAAAAAGUUUCAAGACAACUUGAUAUUAUUCCAGAACGGGGAAACGAUCGUCCAGCCCUCUCAGACGAUCCGGAAAGGAUUGACUAUGCACGUGGUCUGGCGGCUUUGUUUUUAAAUCCUUAUUUAAAACCACCGAUCACCGUGGGAAUCUCUGGUGCAUGGGGAAAGGGCAAGUCCAGUUUGCUUGUUCAGACAGAAGUCAUUUUACUGACAACAGCAGCACAAAUGGCACUAAUUCCAUCUUCCAAAUUACCAAGUUCAGCUUUAGAAUUUCCCGAUAUGAAAGCCUGUUAAUUAUCCAAAAAAGGAAAGAAGAAAUAUAACGAAAUAGUAAGACAGAUUAACUGUAGACAGGAAAUGAGAAACAUUUAUGAAAUCUUAUCGGAUAAGAUUCGAAGCUGGAUUAAGAAAAGUGAAGAGUCCGAAAGACCGGGAGAGAACGGAUAUGACGAAGAAAAGUCUCUGCUGCACUUCCUAAACCGCUAUGAAAUCAAACAUCAUGAGAUUUUUAAAUCACUUGCUGCUAUGGAUAGGAGCGACAUGUUCACAAGGAAAAGCGCACAGCCAAAAGCAAAAUUUCCACAGAACACAGAUCCUUUGGUCAACCGAAAUGUGCCGGCUGUUCUAACUGUUCAAUACAAUCCAUGGAAAUAUAAGAACGAUACAGAAGCAUUGGCAGGUAUGGCAGUAGAGAUUUCAAAAGAAUUAGAAGGAAUCAUGACCCAAGCCCAAUGGCUGAGCACGUGUUGGAGAAAUAGUUGGAAGAAGAAAAAGUAUAUCAUAUGGAUUGAAUUUUUUUUCCCCUGCCUCCUCGCACUAGUUUUGGCCUGUUCAUUUACUUGGAUUGCAUGGGUAGUGUUGGACAGUGAGAAGUUCAAAGAAUGGGCAAAUGCAAAAUAUGCAUGGCCACCGGCAGCUAUGGUCAUUGUAGUUUGGAAAAUAACCAAGUCAGUAGUGGGCAUUUUAAAACCCGUUAGUAAUCAGCUAAUUAAUUAUAUAUCAUUGCCAGAUCAUACAAAAUAUUUGGGUUAUCAAGAAAGGGUAAUCUCAGAUAUUCAAUUUUUGAAAGGUGAAAUUGGUGAAAAACCAUAUUCGGUAUUCACUGCUUUUGUCUGGGUCUUCAACACUCUAGCCGUGGUGUGGCGCUUGAUUACAAAAUGGUCGUCAGCAUUGUUUUUCCAUUCUACAUGCCUUGAAAGAGACAUUGAAGUUCGGAAUGUAGCCCCUGCAUCUGGGACUAAUCUUCGAAUAAUCGUUUUUGUAGACGAUUUGGAUAGAUGUCAAGAAUCUGUGAUAUUGCAGGUACUAUCAGCCAUAAAUCUUGUAUUGUCGGUGUGUCAAAUCAGUGUAGUCUUAGCAAUGGACAAAGAAUUAAUACAAAAGGCAAUAAUUAAAAAAUAUGGAGAUGUAAAACAUAAAAGUCGAUGGAAGCUAGACAAGAACUAGCAGAGAAGUAUUUACAAAAAAUAAUUCAACUGCCACUGGACCUUCCUCAUCCUAGUGAAAUGCAAGCGAGGAGAUUUUUAGAAGUACAAAUGGGUACGUCUUCAAGCAGAAGCAAGGACUAUGGUUCAGCAUCACAAACAUACGACAAGCACAAAAUAACUUCUAAGCUAGAUGAUGAUAGAAGAAAGUCGAGCCUACUUUGUGGAGGAGAAGAUCUAUCACAAUAUACAGCAGCGCUAGAAGUCGCAAUAGAUUUCCAGGCUCAAUCAGAGAUAGCACAAAUAAGUAAGAUGUGGAGACCUCUGUCAUAUUUUCGGUCUUACAUUAUUUUUCUCUCUCGAAGCGGCAGAC